AUGCUUUCAUCAACUAAAAAUCAUAUAAAACUAUUAGAAGCCAAACAAGGAUUUGAUGAUUAUGUGAACGAAACAAAUGAAAACUUAAAAGUAUUGCCAAUACCAACUGUAACUGAGUACAUUUUAGAAGGAUUAGAUCAACUGCAAAGUUUAAAGAAAAGUAUUAUUGAAUGUGGAAGAUAUGUUGAAGUUCCACCAUAUCACAAUCCUCAACUUGAAGAACUCAUUACAAAUAAGCGAAAAAACAAAAAACUUGAUUUAAAGCUAAAAAAUUUGACUGAUGCUGACAUGAAGAUUGUGGCUGAUAUGAUGCAGCAAAGCACGACACUUGCUCUACUCGACCUCAGUCAAAACCAGAUUGGAGAACAAGGCGCUCAAUAUAUCGCUGAAGCUGUAAAAAAUAGCAAAACACUCACUACACUUGAACUCUUCCAAAAUCAAGUCGGACAACAAGGAGCUCUUUAUAUUGCUGAUGCUCUCAAAAUUAACCAAACACUCACCGUUUUAGGCCUAAGUGAAAAUCAAGUCGGACAACAAGGAGCUCAACAUAUUGCUGCAGCUCUAAAAACUAACAAAACACUCAUCAAACUUGGUUUAAGCAAAAAUGAAAUUGGAGAACAAGGAGUUCAAUAUAUAGCUGAAGCUCUCAAAACUAACACAACACUCGCCAUGCUUGGCCUCAAGGAAAAUCAAAUCGGACAACAGGGAGCUCAUCAUAUUGCUGAUGUUCUCAAAUGUAACCAAACACUAACUGAACUACACCUUACAAACAAUCAAAUCGGAGAACAAGGAGCUCAAUACAUUGCUGAAGUUCUUAAAACUAACAAAACACUUACUAUACUUGUUCUCAACGAAAAUCAAAUCGGACAACAAGGAGUUCAACAUAUUGCUGAAGCUCUUAAAACUAACCAAACACUUACUGAAUUACACCUCGUAAACAAUCAAAUCGGAGAACAAGGAGUUCAACAUAUUAUCGAGACACUUAAAACUAAUAAAACACUCACUGCACUCUACUUGGAGCAAAAUCAAAUAGGAGAAGAAGCUAUUCAGUGGGCAAAAAAUUCAUUGAAAUCGAAUACAAAGUUAAAAGUACAUUGGUGA